ACUUAGCUUGUUUCUGACCAAAACUGUCUCUAUCCUUUGUUUUUCUUUUAUUGCGGUGGUACAAAAAUUCAAGAGACAACUGUAUUUGUACUCGCAAUUAAUAACCGACUGCUUCCUCACCUACUCUCUCUCUCCUCUCUGGAAGUAAAGUAACAAGUCUAUUGCUUGAUCCCAUCUAGGGCAACAGACUCUUCAAGCUUUGACUUUUCUCGGAAACAUGCCAUUUCCUCGAGAAUUUCUUUGAAACUCUGUCCUGUGAAACUCGAAUUCAGCUUCUGGGUCAGACUUUGUUCUUGAUUUGGAAAAGAUGGGUAACAAGAUUAUCUCCAUGAUGAAGAAAGAUAGAAAAGAUGGAUCCAAGAGCAUGAGAAUGAAUCGUUCACAGAGAAAAUUGCUUGCCGAGGAAGAGAUGUUGCAUCGACGAGCUCUUUCCAUGGCGAUUCGUCAAACUCAGCUUUCUCAGAGAUUCGACGGAUCCAUGUCUAAACGGGUCGGGUCCACAAGCACCAGGAAACAACGCACCCUCUCUGACCCUUUUUCAAAUGGCAAGCAGGUACCAGAUUUUUCGUUAGAGAGCUUGGCAGUGAAGAAAUUCAUCCUGGUGCACGGUGAAGGCUUUGGGGCAUGGUGUUGGUACAAAAUUGUUGCUUCAUUGGAAGAGUCAGGACUGUCUCCUAUUACAGUGGACCUCACUGGAUCUGGAUUCAAUAUGACCGACACAAACACUGUCUCUACCUUGGAGGAAUAUUCAAAGCCAUUGAUUGAAUACCUUGAAAAUCUCCCUGAAAAAGAGAAGGUUAUUCUGGUGGGCCAUAGUACUGGAGGUGCGUCCAUUUCGUACGCUUUAGAGCGUUUUCCAGAGAAAAUAUCGAAAGCUAUAUUCCUAUGUGCAACAAUGGUUUCUGAUGGCCAAAGACCCUUUGAUGUUUUCACUGAAGAGCUUGGUUCUGCAGAGAGAUUCAUGAAAGAGUCGCAGUUCUUGAUCUACGGGAAUGGAAAAGACAAGCCUCCUACAGGGUUCAUGUUUGAGAAACAACACAUGAAAGGCUUGUAUUUCAAUCAAUCACCCAACAAGGAUAUAGCAUUGGCGAUGAUCUCGAUGCGACCUGUACCACUUGGACCAAUGAUGGAGAAGGUAUCUCUGACCGCAGAAAGAUACGGGAAAGGGAGAAGAUUCUACGUUCAGACGCUGGACGACCUUGCACUCUCACCAGACGUUCAAGAGAAGCUAGUGAGGGAGAACAGCCCCGAAGGAGUCUUCAAGAUCAAAGGAAGUGAUCAUUCUCCUUUCUUCUCAAAGCCUCAGUCUCUCCACAAGAUCCUUCUCGAGAUUGCACAGAUUCCUUAAGAAACAUCUGAACGAUUUCUUUAGGGGAGAGGAUAUUGAAAUAUAAUCUGAAUUGAGAAUACUUGGUUCAUUGGGAUCAUUUAAGUUAUAACCUUUUGUAUACAUUUUAUUUUUUUUGAAUCGAUCAACAGUUCAUAAUUA